AUAAAAUAAAUCAAUCCUCAUAGAAAGAGAAGGGGAACUCUAUUAAUCUUCCAUGCACUAUAUCAGAAUAUAUACUAUUAUAUAAGACUGAUGGUAUUUUUCCCUACAAGAUGAUAAGGUAUAAAAGCUAUCCCCUUUUAACAAAUCACUGCAUCACCCUCCCAAUUCAAGAAUUUCCAGUUUCUUUUCCCUAACAUCAAAAAUCAAAUCUAUCUUCUACUUUUCUUACAUUAAACUCCGUAUCCAAUCUAAUGAUGUACAGCCUCUCCAAGGCAGUCAUGAGACGAUGAGGAUCAUGUCUUGCAAUGGGAUGGCUUUUUCCCCAGCGAAUUUCAUGCUCCAAACACUUCAAGAUGAAGAUCAUCAACCCUCAACUUCUUUCAGUCAAAUGCUUCCUUCUUGUCCACCCCAAGACAUCAAGGGGGUGGCAUCGUUUCUUGGGAAGAAAUCAAUGUCAUUUUCAGGGAUAGAUGCGGGUGAAGAUCAGGGUAAUGGGGAGGAUGAUUUAUUAGAUGAUGGUUCACAUGCAGGAGAAAAGAAGAGGAGGCUUAACAUGGAACAGGUAAAGACCCUUGAGAAGAACUUUGAGUUGGGUAAUAAGCUUGAACCUGAGAGAAAAAUGCAGCUGGCUCGAGCUCUAGGGUUGCAACCAAGGCAGAUAGCUAUUUGGUUUCAAAACAGAAGAGCUAGAUGGAAAAGCAAGCAACUUGAGAAAGACUAUGAUCUACUUAAGAGACAGUACGAUGCAGCCAAAGCAGAUAAUGAUGCACUCCAAGCUCAGAACCAAAAGCUUCAUGCUGAGAUAAUGGCACUGAAAAGUAGAGAACCAACUGAGUCUAUCAACCUCAACAAAGAAACUGAAGGUUCAUGCAGCAACAGAAGUGAAAACAGCUCAGAUGUAAAGUUUAAUAUCUCAAGGACACCGGCAAUUGACAGUCCCUUAUCGGCUUAUCCAACGAGCAUAACCUUCUUCCCAACAUCCAAUAUUAGGCCACCAGGCGGAGGUGGUGGCGGAGCACAACUAUUCCAAAACUCAUCGUCAAUGCCCGAUCACCACCAAUGCCAGAAGAUGGAUCAAAUGGUUAAAGAAGAAAGCCUUAGCAACAUGUUCUGCACCAUUGAAGAUCAGUCCGAGUUUUGGCCAUGGCUUGAGCAACAACAUUUCAGUUGAUCAUGGCGUCAUAAUAUAAUCAUAAUAUCAAUGUUUUGGUAC